AUGAAGCACCAUCCUGUAAGCCACCGAACUGAGUGGGCCCCUAUCGUGUAUAGUAUUCGACCUCAAUUUUGUGAAUUGAAAUAUAAGAUUGUCGAUACUCUUGUCUUUGAACAAAUUGUAAUGCGUACAGUCUUCGGCGUAAUCACCUACUGCCACUUGGUAGCCCUCUUCUGCAAGACGGUUGAGUAUGGUGGUCUUACCAAGACAAGCAGUGCCAUCCAAGAUGAUAACCGAUUCAAACUUGAUAACUUCUGGCAUGUGAACGGGACAAAAGUGUGA